AUGCGCAUUACUCUGUAUCUGAUCGCCUCUAUGGCCGGCCUCUCCAUUGCCGCCCCUGCAGCUGUUAAGCGCCAGAAUGACCUUGACCCGCUUGGUCUGGGCAGUGCUGUGGAAGAUGUCGUUAACCAGGCUACCGGCCUGGUGGGUUCAAUCGUCAAACGAGAGCCAAUUCUGAAUGGACUUCCUCUCAUCGGCAACGACCUUCCUGAUACCGUAAAGCGCGACGAGCAGAACUAA